AGCGCUUCACAAAAAGCCCGACGAGCAGAGCGAAGAGGAGGAGGCUACCAGCGGAGGGGGGUAGCCGAUUCCCGGAGAGGAUUUUCUGUUCACGUUGUCCGUAUCAUCAAGUCGUGACGGCGGCGAACGGAAACAAAGAUAAAAGCACCAUAAAACAUGGUGCCCACUCCCGGAGAAGAUCUUCCGUCGGGCCUGUGAGUGUCGGCAGGUUUCCAACCGCCGCCUCUUCGGGGGAUUCUGCUGUCUGAGUCCGACCUGACCCGCGACACGGCCAGGCGAUGACAGCGGCAACAGCCACUCCGCAGGUGAUGAGAGACCGGCUUCUACAGGCCAUCGACGGCCAGAGCAAUAUAUGCAAUAUGGUGGUAGUUAUGGAGGUAAUCUCUUUUUUGGAGAAAUAUCCUAUCACCAAAGAGGCACUGGAGGAAACCCGUCUUGGCAAGCUCAUCAAUGAUGUCCGGAAAAAAACCAAGAAUGACGAUCUUGCAAAAAGGGCCAAGAAGCUCCUGCGAAACUGGCAGAAGCUGAUUGAGCCAGAGAAAGCUGAGGCGUUGUCCAAAGGACACAUCAGUGCGUCGUGGUCUUCCAAUGGUGGCGCUCAUCCCUGCAUCUCCGCUCCAGCUGCCACCCCGCCAUCAGGUAAAACAGGGUCAGAGUUGAAGAACAGAAAUGACUUCAACAACUGCUACUCCUUGAGGGUGGAAAAACUGAGCAAUAGGAAACGUAAGGGUGACCAGAAGGAAGGACAGCUCUUGCCAGCCAAGAUAUCCAAAUCAGCUCUAAAUGAUAAAAUACAAAACUCCAAACAGCUGUCAAUCAAUGGAAUUGGCGGUAGCUCUGAAAUAUUUACAGAUACACGUGCACAUUUAGACAAGCCUUUAGACAAGGAGAUUUCUGAGCCUUUGGACAAUGACAGGGUAAAUAAAAUACCUGUCAAUGCUGUAAAACCUCAUCCAAGUGCCCCAGGAAACUGCAAGUCUCCUAGCACUUCUUCUUUGCUAAAAGCAUCAGUUCUGCAGAAGCAAGCCAGACAGGAGCAAGCUGCCUCCGGGGGGCAGAGUGGACCCAGAAACCCACGUGGUUCCUUGCACAGUCCUCAAACUCUAAAGCAGGAAGCUGGUGUCAAACAACCUGCAGCACAAGCACAGAGUCUUUCUAGCCCCACUGUGAGCUCUGGGUCUGUGGACACCUCUGGGCUAGGCCCUUCGCCUCAGACUUUCAGUGUCUGUGUUCAGGGUUUGCACACUAGCGGUUCAUGGUCUGUUGAAUUGGACUCUAAAAUCAGGCCUCCCAAUACAUCUCCUCACAACUCCUAUACCUCUUCCUGCAAUGAUGGGAUCAGUUUGCAAGAUGAUGGUGUUGUUAGCAAUACAGGGAAAAGGAAAGGACAGAAAUACAAGUCUAAGGACUGUGUGGUAAAGUUAGAUGGACAGACUGUAGAAGACAGCACUAAACCAGUCAGGUUAAAAGACAGGAGACUGACAUUUGACCCUGUAACAGGACAGAUCAAACCCUCCUUUCAUAAGGAGUCUUGCCAGGAGGGGGAGGUCAGACUGAGCCACAAACCUGAAUCUCAGUGGUCAGAACAGCCGAAGCAAAAUUCACCAGUUUCUCCCAGUCCCUUCCAGCAAACGGACUGGAGAGAGCUGUCAAGAAGCGAAAUCAUCCAGUCAUAUCUUAGCCAGCAAAGCAACGUGCUAACAUCAUCAGGCACCCACACCCCUGGUGCACACUUUUUCAUGACAGAGUUCUUGAAAAAAGAGGAACACCAAAAUAAAGAUGCCAAGAAAACCCACACGUUGGCACCAGAACUCCCAGCCAGGGAUUUACCGGGGGUUAGCAGAGAGGUCAUCAAUGAAGACCUGAACAGAUUACACACACAACACUGGUCCGGGGUGAACGGUUGUUAUGACACAAAGGGGACUUGGUAUGACUGGACGGAGUGCAUCUCCUUAGACCCACAUGGAGAUGAGAGCAGGUUGAACAUACUGCCAUACGUGUGUCUGGAUUGAAACUGAGGUCAGCUUUCUGGAUUGAAAGUUGCAAGCUGCCUUUGUCUUACAUCGGAGCAACUCUGCAUGUGUGGAGGCACUUCAUUUAAGUGUAAGCUGCUGUUAUGCACCAUAGGUGAAAGUGGAGUCAAUGUGCUGCCUCCUUGGGUGUAAGUGUGCAUGGAGUACAGGGGUGUAAUCUGUGUUUUUAUCAGGUUUGCGUGGGGACAGCGCAAAGGAAAAGGAAAAUGGCUAUGCAUUAUCUGACCAUUUAGUUGUUGUGUUCAGUAAGUGUACAGAUUAAUUUUCCAAUACCUGCCAUUCUUUGUAUGGGAGAUGACAUCAAAUUAAACUGCACAGCUACAUUUAAUUUGUCUUAUGUUAUUAUCAUGCCUCGUGGAAUGUGACUUUACUGAAACUUUCUUCAUCCACUCACAUUUAGUCCACAGUGCAGUAUUUAUAAAAAUAAAAUAUAGUUAAAUUUUAUGUUUAAAAAAAAAAACUGACCCUAUCAACUUUUCAAUAAAGGAGCAGUAAACUACAUAAGUGGAGAAGACAUCAAACAGAUAAAUCUACCAAUGAGGUUGUUGCUCAUGCAUCUUAACAAGCCUGUUUAGCUGCAAAAGCUGAAGCAAAAGCUAAAUGAUCGUCUGAACUGGAGCUUCAUUGACUGACACCACAGAUGUCUUUUUAUUCUGCUAGGGUGUCUGCUCUGGGGUUAUGGUUAGAUCUAUGAUAGCUGUUGGAUUUUCCAGCCCCAUUUGGGUCUCAGGUAUCAACUUGGGCUGGAGGCAGUCAGCUUCAACUGUCCUGGAAGUAGAUGUGCUGCUGUCAGUUUAGUCAGCCUUCUGAGUAUUGGAUGGACAAGGAUUACUCUUUGCCUGGGCUUGCAGUGCAUCGAAAAUCAUGGCGACAAGGUACCACCCGCUCCUCUCAGUGGGAAGAGUAAGAGUGCGUUAGCAGAGCCAUCGACAAACUGGACAGUGGCAAGGACGCCGUUCAACCGUACAUCUUCAAGUAGCUCAUUACCAUUGGUAUUAACAACUAUUAACUUUUUGUGCUGUGAACAUUUAUCAAUGCACAUUUUUAGAACCGCGGUCCCCCCCCCCCACUGCACAACCGUCUUGUGGCAAUGUUUUUUUGCUUUUUUUUUUUUAAAGCAGAAAGAAUAACUGAGAAAUCACUAUUAAAACAUUUGAAUAUUUUUCUUGUGUUGUGAGGUUUGAAUACUGUAAAGUGACAUGAAACUGCCAGAUGUGACCAUGCAGUUUGAGGUGAGAGUAAGAAAGGCUUGUAUUGGGCUAGAACAAUACACACUGAUAGAGAAAUGUGGAUGUCAUGUAUGAUAUUUAUUAUAUUUACAGAUUCAUUUGAGAUUUAUAUACAUGUUCAAACUACACUAAAUCAUUUUUUGUUAAUUUCUUUAUUCAGAAUUGGUUCAGUGAUGCAGCAGUGAUUUUUUUCCAAAUGGUUCCUGCUGACACACCAACCUACCUUUACACAGGAAACUAUCCAAAAGGACACAUUUUGAUAAUGUGAACUAAUUUUAUUUUGUACUUGCCUUUUCCCUUUACUGUGUAUUUAGGUUGUAAAAUAUUAAUUCAAAUGGCAGAGCCGAUUAUGCUACUAGCUUGCAUCUUUGUACUGUCAGGAAGAAUAUAAAUUGACAUGCUGGAUAAAGUACUUAAUAUCAUUCCUUUUAGAUAUUGUUUGCCUUAUGGAAACCUGUGUUUUCCCUAAAGACAGAGCCUUAGUGAAUGUACAGAAAUGAACAUUUUGUGUUAAGUCAAAUGCAGAAGAGAACAUAUUUGCUACUUAGUCCUUUAUGUGGACAUGUUAUGUGUUAAUAAAAAAAACUGAAGGAA